AUGGCUAAUUCUGUUUCUGACUUGAGUAUAGUAAGGCAAAUUAACACACAACAUGCAGAUUUAGUUCACGAUGUCUCCUAUAGUUACAAUGGUCGUCGAAUGGCUACUUGCUCUAGCGAUCAAACGGUCAAGAUAUGGGAUCUAGGUGAAGAUAACGAAUGGCAUAUGACUGCUAGUUGGCAGGCACAUCCUUCCAAUAUAUGGAGAGUAGUUUGGGCACACCCAGAAUUCGGACAUGUUAUUGCUACUUGUUCCUUCGAUAAAAGCAUCGCUAUUUGGGAAGAAAUAGGCUUGGCUAGAAGGGAUUCAGGAGAGCAAAUAAAUACCUGGCAAAAAAAAUUAUCCCUUGCUGAAUGUAAAGCAUCUGUCACCGAUGUCAAAUUUGCACCGCAUUACCUUGGACUGAUACUGGGCUUUUGCUCAGCCGAUUGCUGGGUUUAUAUUUGCGAACUUCCGGACAUAUCUGAGAUGAACCUUUAUCGAUCGUAUAGGUAUGAUACCAAGGUUAGCUGUAGCUGUCUCUCUUGGAAUCCAUCAAGAAUCACACCUCCGCUUGUUGCUGUGGGCAGCGAUACUGUAUCAGGCGGUAUUUCGAAAGUUUUCAUCUAUAAGUUCAUCCAGGAAGAGCCAAAGGGCUUAAAAGAACUUGUUAGUCCUAUUUCUGUCCCUGGUCCGGUGCGUGAUGUUGCAUUCGCUCCACAUAUGGGGAGAUCUUUCUUUCAGUUAGCAAUCGCUGCACGAAACGUGCACAUAUUUAGACUUUAUCCGACAGAUGAUAAUUUUAACAAGAAUCAGAGCGACUCAUUUAAUGUUGAAGAAGUAGCGACAUUGGAGAAACAUAAAUCACAGAUUUGGCGAGUUGAGUGGAAUAUAACUGGAACUGUCUUGGCAUCGUCUGGCGAUGACGGCCAAGUUAGGCUGUGGAAAGCUAAUUACUCGGGAAAAUGGGAUUCUUGUGCUACUAUCAGAGAUAGCGAAGUUGUCAACAAAAUAAUAUUAAAACUCUAUGAAUAUCAAGUAAAAAUUCAAAAACUCGGUAAAUUGGAGAGCUGA